GCUCUGCCCACUCUCACCCCGGGCGCUCUCGUCGCCAAGAUCGCUGUCGCUUGCAUAAGCGCGGCGACUUAAUACCGGCGACUCGUGUGCACCGCCUUGCACUUGCCCGCCCGGUGACUGGCUCGGCCCUUGUAUCAUCAACCCGCCUCCAGAUAACCUUCUGCGACCCGCGGUAACCCACGUUCUGGGCAUUGCUGCGCUCUAUCCUACAGAUUCCAAGAUGGCCGCCGCGUCGUCCAACAACUCCGUGGCGUCUGCCUCGCCGCGCUCAUCACAGCCGCCGUCCGUCAAGUCCGUUGAGAUGCCGUCCUCAAAGUCGCCAAAAACGAACGGUCAAAACGGAAACGCAGCUGGUCCUACCGGUGCCAACGAACUACCGCCGAAAACGGGCGACAAGAGCUCCAUGAAGGAUCGGUUGACGCGCAUGUUCUCGACCAGAGACGCAUCCCCGCGCCCCGUGGCCGCCGAGACGAACGGCACCACCACUCAGGUCAAGAAACCCCAGGAUGCCGGCUCUGGCGCGGCGUCGCCGCCCCCGGCCAAGGUAUCAAGCACGAAAGACGUGCCGCUCCAGCGCUUCGUGCUUAACCCGGAAGCCCAGGGCGGUCACGAGCACCAUCUCAAGUCUAGCCGCCGGCAAGAAAAGCUCUCGGACUUGAUCAAGAACUUCCUUGGCAGGAAGCCGGAGCAGGCGCCCGAGAAUGAUCUUUCCCUGGUGUCGAGCUGGGUUGACAACCUGAGGAAAGAGAAAGACGGCCUUGCCUCGGACAGGAAGGCCAGCACGGCGCAGUCGGCAACCCUAGUGGAGAAGUACGGCAAAUGCCAGGAAAUCGUGGGGCGUGGUGCCUUCGGCGUCGUGAGGAUUUCCCACAAGAAGCUAGAGAACGGUCUGGGCGAGAAGCUGUUCGCCGUCAAGGAGUUCCGUCGCCGGCCCGAGGAGACGGAAAAGAAGUACAGCAAGCGGCUGACGGCCGAGUUCUGCAUCUCGUCGUCGCUCCGGCACCCCAACGUGAUCCACACCCUCGAUCUGCUUAAGGACGCCAAGGGCGAUUACUGCGAGGUCAUGGAGUUCUGUGCCGGCGGCGACCUGUACACCCUCGUCCUGUCGGCCGGCAAGCUCGAGGUGCAAGAGGCCGACUGCUUCUUUAAGCAGAUGAUGCGCGGGGUCGAGUACAUGCACGAGAUGGGCGUCGCGCACCGCGAUCUGAAGCCCGAGAACCUGCUCCUCACGACCCACGGCGCGCUCAAAAUCACCGACUUUGGCAAUGGCGAGUGCUUCCGCAUGGCCUGGGAGAACGACGCCCACAUGGUGUCGGGCCUUUGCGGCUCCGCUCCCUACAUCGCCCCUGAAGAGUAUGUCGCUAAGGAGUUCGAUGCUCGCGCCGUCGAUGUCUGGGCCUGCGGUGUCAUCUACAUGGCCAUGCGGACCGGCCGCCACCUUUGGCGAGUCGCCCGGAAGGACGAGGACGAGUUCUACACCCGUUACCUCGAAGGGCGUCGGGACGAGGAGGGCUACGCCCCGAUCGAGGCGCUGCACAGGGCCCGCUGCAGAAACGUGAUCUACUCCAUACUAGACCCCAACCCGGGGCGCCGAAUCACCGCAUCGCAAGUCCUCAAGUCCGAGUGGGUCCGCGAGAUACAACUUUGCAAGGCCGGCGAAGAGGGCCUCUAACGCGUGUUCCGUCAGAUGGAUGGCUGAUGUGCUACCCCAGUCCCAGUGGGAGAGGGGGAGGGGAAACAUCACCACCUUCUGGCGGAACGCGUUC